UACUACUCGGUGGGAUCAAGCUGGUUAUUUGGUGUUCCUGUCAGCAAUUUCACAUUUGUAUACAGCAACUACUCGGAUGACACAUUAGCUCUGCCAUAUAACCUCAAGCGUUGGCUCGUGCACACUUACCACCCAAAUAGCCUGACUGGACGUGGGUUUUGUCCUAUUGCCAAAUUAAAUCAUGCUGACGCCAACAUGUCUUUUCUCAUUCUCAACAAUUGUGUGGCAUACACGCGCGGUGUUGAUGGGCCUUGUUCCCGCGCUUCUCGGCAGGAAACAUUCAAUCGACUAGAAGGCUCAUAGGUCUCCAAUACUACUUCCACUGGCGGAGCCUGCCCUGAAUAGUACCAGUUCUGUAGUGCCAUCUCUGAAUUUGACACGGACCCUCCACCACCGAUUCUUGAUUUGAAUCCUCGACAAGGCGCAACACAGGUGAUCAUGAGCAAGGUUAUCUACGGAAUGCGGUCCAACAGUUUUCUCAUGCUUCUCAAGAACGAAAUACUAAACCCAGCCAGGCUGAUAUAUGGGUCUUUUGGCAUUUCUACCCCUUUACCAGAUAAUGAAUGACAGAUUAAGGUCGCGAAAAGUCACGACUUGUCACUAGCCGGCUUUCAGUUAAACGCAGUUAGGCAUGCUGCAACUCCCAAUAUCCAGAUACAUCCUGACCUUAGCCUUCAUGAAGGCAUGGUUCAAGAAACGGACACAGAUGCGCAGGCUCUGUGUCGCAAUCAGGGUACUCGCAUCAGUGCAUACCGUUCCUUCAGUAUGCUAGGGAUUAUCAUCUUCACUGAUUCUAGUCAUUUGAUUAUCCUAGCUGACUACUGUCUCCCGUUACUGCUUCUGAGG